GGACGCGGACAAAGGAGGCGGCCGGUAGCCCAGCUGUUUUGAAAAAUGCUUCCUGUUUCUUUAAAGGCGCUCGCCGCUCGGGCGGCCGGGCUGGGAGGCGGCGGCGGCGGGAGCUGCCUGCUCUCCGGCCGGCGGCGCUGACUGAUCUCGCGAACUGGGCUUCUGUGUAAACUGAGGCUAAACAAACACAGAUGGAGCGCAGCGGGCGUGCUCCAAAAAUGCUGGCACGGCGGCAGUGACUUCAGAUGACACUCUGAGCGCUCCGGGAAUCGACUGCCCGGCGGCUUCACGGAGCCGGCGGCGCAGCUGCCCCGGGCGCGGGGGAGAGAGGAGAGAGGACGGGAGGGAGGGCGGGGGGAGAGCAAGGGAGAGCUCGAGCCUCGGAGGUGGUGAGCGCAGCGGCCGCCAGGCAGACCCCGGCGCCGCGUGCAAAGCGAGCGUGGCGGGCGCGCAUCCCGGGCAGCCCCACGCCCCUGCCUCGCGCGCUGCCCGCGCCAUGAAGCACAUACCGGUUCUCGAGGAUGGUCCGUGGAAGACCGUGUGCGUGAAGGAGCUGAACGGCCUCAAGAAGCUCAAGAGGAAAGGCAAGGAGCCGGCGCGGCGCGCGAACGGUUAUAAAACUUUCCGAUUGGACUUGGAAGCGCCCGAGCACGGCGCCACUGCCACCAACGGGCUGCGGGAUAGGACCCAGCGACUGCAGCCGGUCCCGGUCCCGGCCCCGGCGCCAGCCCCGGUGGCGCCGGCCGUUCCCUCAGGUGGGGGCGCGGACACAGCCGGGGAUCGCGGGGGCGCCCGGGCGCCAGAGGUCUUGGACGCGCGGAAACGCGGGUUCGCCCUGGGCGCAGUGGGGCCGGGACUCCCCACGCCGCCGCCGCCGCCGCCACCACCGCUGCCUCCAACGCCCCAGAGCCAUGUACCCGGUGGUCCCGAGGUACAGCCUUUUCGGGAACCCGGCUUGCGUCCCCGCAUCUUGCUGUGCGCACCGCCUGCCCGCCCCACGCCGUCCGCGCCCCCUGCGCCCCCCGAGACCUCAGUGCGCGCUGCGCCCCCCACGCGCCCGGGGGAAAGUUCCUACUCGUCAAUUUCACACGUAAUUUACAAUAACCACCCGGAUUCCUCCGCGUCGCCUAGGAAACGGCCAGGCGAAGCGACCGCCGCCUCCUCUGAGAUCAAAGCUCUGCAGCAGACCCGGAGGCUCCUGGCUAACGCCCGGGAGCGGACGCGGGUGCACACCAUCAGCGCAGCCUUCGAGGCGCUCCGGAAGCAGGUACCGGCUUCCAGCCGCAAUACCCUCACUGCGCCGGGGGACGUUUGCCAGAAUGGGUGGGUGCCGUGUUACUCCUAUGGGCAGAAGCUGUCCAAACUGGCCAUCCUGAGGAUCGCCUGUAACUACAUCCUGUCUCUGGCGCGGCUGGCUGACCUCGACUACAGCGCCGACCGCAGCAACCUCAGCUUCUCCGAGUGUGUGCAGCGCUGUACGCGCACCCUGCAGGCUGAGGGACGUGCCAAGAAACGCAAGGUCGCCUCCUUGCGAGACUGUACUCCAGUCCUCUGAGAUCCCUUGCAGCUCUGACGAGUUGCCCUGUUCCUCCAGACCUGUGUUAAGAAUGGGAUUUAAGGUGAACCCGGCUCACCCCCCAAGAUUCCAGGCGCAUCCUUUUGCCCAUCUCAGCCCUGUCCUGCCGGGGUGGGGGACCUGCAUCCCUUGACUGGAGUGACUGGCCAUGGGCUAGACCAAGGACGCUGCUGUGGGCCCUCUUUCCAGUCGAGCCUGAGGAGAAGGUGAGCUCGCCAAGUCCAGCCUCAUCUUCUCCAAGAAGCUGCCAGAUGCUCAGACCACUGCCUCUCAGGGUCAGACAGGAGCACGCCUGCCUCCCUCCCCCUCCUGCCCUCCCCCAGCCACUCCGCAGGGACUUCGCACUUUGCCCUCUGCCUGGUCGGGAGGGGAGAGCUCUGCCUUCCCCUUGCCCGGGGCCCGAGGCCCACCAUCCGGCUGCAGAUGUUCAUUGCCAAAGAUUCCACAGAGACGCUGAACAAAACGCGGUGAGAAAACCCCACAGUGAAAAGCCACACCGUCGCCCUAUGACUUUUGCUCCUCCUGUUGCCCAACUUCCAUCUCAAGCCAAAGACGAGUCAGCAAUUCCACUAGGAAAUCACGGAAGGGAUGGACAUUCGGUGGCUAUUGGAAGCACCUGACCCUCUACCCUGGACCUGUCUUUCUACGCGGGGCCCUGAGCUAGCUGGGCACUAGAUAAGCCUCCUCGGGCUGUGAGAGGCAGGCUAGGGAUGCCGGUAGGGAGUGGGGUCUGAGAUCCUGGCCCCCUUUUCUCCCUCCCACUGGCUGCCCAGGUCUCUGACACUGAUUCUUAAUGUCCCCUUCUUGGGCCCUGAGCGUCAGGGGAAUGGGGUAAUUGGGGGAAAGAAGCAAUACUGACCACCCCUGCCUACGGGUCUUUGCACCUGAGCCUGCCCAGGCAGCCCAGCCAGCCACUCCUUACCUGUGGCCCGCCUACCUGGCUGGGCAAACAGGAUGGCACCCUGCUUGGAGGCCAGUGGUCUGUUACUGGCUGUGCAGGGGGCAGAAGGGAGGAAAGGACCAGGGGAAUGGGCCAGUAUGUCCGGGAGUGGGACACGUUGAAAGCCAAGGCCUGCCCCUUUCUUUGCUCAAGAGGCCAAAGCUGUUCACCUCUGUGCUCAUCCAUCUGCUUCAAAUUGAAGUAAAAGCCCCAACAUGUAAAGAAAACACUCUCUCGUGUUUAGUGGACUCUGUGGGUGGGGUGACCAAGACUUUGGCCGGUCAGUGGUGGGGGCGGGGGGAAUUGGGGGAGGAGAGAGGUCGGUCUCUGCUUAGAGGCUGAGAGCCCUCCAGGAAGUGGGCAGUGUGUGAAUGUGUGUGUCUGUGUGUGUAAAGGGGUAGAGGAGGCCCUCACUAUGACCUCAGCCAGGACUAGUGACCAGGAGGCUUGGUCAGGGACAUGUGGGGAACUCUUUCCACUUUGUACCUCACUUAAUCCAUACCAAGAGUUUAUGAGGUGUGGGCUCUAUUUUUAAUCCCGUUUUAUAGAUGAGGAAACCAAGGCCCCAAGGAGACAGGGCCAAUCAAUGACAGCUGGUUCUCAAAUCAGGGUGGCCUCCCUCCAAAUUCUGUGUUCUUAACCCCUUUCCAGCCCCAUAGUCCAGUCCCAGCGCAGUCUUUGAGCAGCUUUGUCACUGCACUUCAUUCACCUCAGUGGGCCUAAGAUAGGGACAGUAAAGGCCCACUGGGGAUGGCGGAGGGAGUAAUAAGAUUAGGAAAGGACUGUCGGGGUGGAAGGGCUGUGUAGGUGGGGCAGGGCUGCCUCAGAAGAAGGCAGGUGCUGAGGAAAGAAGGAUGUACUCCUGCAGGAUACAGAUCUGUCCCUUGGUUACACCAAGGUCGUCCUCUUUUAUCUGUUCCUCAGGCUCCUGGGCUGGGGCUGGAGUGUCUGUGUGUGGAGUUGGCUGUCGGGAGCCUCCUCUUCUAGCACCCAUGUUUUCCCUCGCAUGGCUCUUUGCCAAGGACCAAAAUCUGGGCCAGAAGCAGGGGACUCAGAUCGCUCAGAGCGUUCCUCCUAGCAAAGGUGCCACAGAAGCAGACCAGACAAAGUGGGCUUGGAAUGGGGGCUGAUAGGGGACAGAUAGGAAGGGGACUCCGGGCACCCUGGUACUCUGUCACCCUGGUACUCAGUUGUACCUCUGAACUUCUGAGUAACGCUGGUAGCAGGAAAUGUGGGCCAAUCAGCAUCAAACUUCUUGACACCAGCGGGCCCUUUCUGUUACCAAAAGGCGGGGGGGAUUGCCCCCAUCCCACUGCCAGGGGACCAGACCCAUGGCCUUACCACCCAGAAACAACCCAUGGCCUCCCCUCCCCACACCUCUCCUGUUCACAGCCUUCAUUACACACUUCCCUGUCACUCCCUAGCAUCUAUUGAUUGUCAGCUGCAUAUCAACACUAAGCUAGGUAUUGGCAAUAGAGAAAUGGAUCCCAGGUAGUGCCUGUCUUCACAGAACUCAUCGUUUUGUACAGACAGACAAGCAAAUAAUUAUGAUAUAGCCGGAUGACUAAGAUGUUGUUGGGAGCUUCAGGAAAGAAAAAAAACUAACUCUCCCUGGGGAGGUAUCAGGAUGGCCUUUCCUAGAAAGGGGCCAUGGGAGUUGGGUCUUGAGGGAUGAAUAGAAGUUUUUUGUGCAAAGGAAUACUUAGCCCUGACAGGACAUUGGAAUCACCUAAGGAGAAUUAAAUAUUUGUAUAAAGUAUUAAUGCCAGCCACCAAAGUCUCAUCUCCAUAAAUUCUGAUGUAUUGGCCUGGAGUGUGGCUGGGGCACGGAGAGUUAGAAAAGCUCCCCAAGUGAUUCUGAUCUGCAGGCAAGGUUGAGCCACUGAUUUAAGUGGGCUUAGGUCUCUGACAAAAAAGUGAUUUAGAAUCACUGAUUGUGGGAUACAGGCUUUGCCAAAAAUGUGGAGGGGUGUGUGUGUGUGUGUGUGUGUGUGUGUGUGUGUGUGUGUGCGCGCGCGCGUGCACACAAGUACACACACUUGUGUGUAUAUGACUGAUGAAAAGUCCAUGCUGUUCUUUUCUUUUCCAGCUUCUUCCUCAGUACAGCAGCUUGUGUUCUUGUACAUCACACACACACACACACACACACACACACACACACACACCUUCUUGAGUGCACAUGCAUCUCCAGACACAUGCUUGUAUACAUUCCCGGGUAAGGGAAAUCCAUUUCAGAUAGAUUCAAGUUCCAUCAACAGUCUCUAAACAGUUUUCUGUAAGCAACCAUGCAAGAAGACACUCACCAAAAUAAGAAUUUUGAAGAGCCACCCUCCUGGGGCCUUGUGAGGGCAUUCCCAGGCCAGCUGAGGGUUCAUGGUCACAGAGUCAUCUGCAGAUUUGUUUUCGGCACACCCUCCUUGCUUUGUCACUUGCUCUGGGUCCUAGCCCUGCAUGCCAGUGAUGGCUCAUCAGCCACCAGCCACAGAGGGACAAGGGGACCCUCUUCAGGGACCCUGGAGACCUAUGUGAGAGGCCCAUGUGUGCACCUCUGUGUGCAUGCCUCGUUCCUGUGGUCUCCAUGCUUCCUCCUCUUGGCAGGACAAAACCACAAAGAAUGGCUUCAGCGUUGGAGAUCUCCCCAGCUCACAGGCUGAGCCUUACAAGACUCUUCAAAAACUCCAUGCACAUAGGCUGCACUGCUUCCUGGUUGUGGCCUCAGACUGCCCCAGAAGAGAGGCUUAAGUUCUGGGGAGGCGGAUUCCACGAGUCCCUUUCUGGGCUCACAGCAUGGCCAGGAUCCGAAGUGGAUUCCAUCUCCCCACACUGUACUCCUUCCUGACCCCAUGGCCCCACCACUCUGUUCUUCCUUCCACCUCACCAUGUCCUCCAAGACCCUGUGCUGUCCUAUUUCUUUUCCUGAUCACCCCCUGACCCAUCUCCCCUUUCUCACCAGCCAGCGAGGCAUGAGUGGGCAGGUCCCAGGGGCUGAGAACUAGAGAGCAUAGUCAUGUGCAAGGACUGUGCUGGGAGCUGGAGGAACAGACAGAGCCCCCCGUGCCUGUGAUACAGGGCAGAGACGGGACAGCCAAUUAGGCUGAGCCAUGUGCUGUGGUCAGCCAUGGUAAGCCUGCUAGGGAGCUGGGGCAGGGACUGCAUUUGCCUCCCUCCUUCCACGCUGUUUCCUGAGCUACAAAGUCGUCACUGCCAGCAGCCAGAGUGACAAAUAGCCUGGCUUUUUCAGAGCAAGUUUUGGACAUCUCCAAGUGUAUCCUUCAAGGGGAUUUAUAUUGCCAUUCUCGCUCUGACCUCUUGCUGCCACCCUACCUACACAGCUGCUUACUGUUUCCAGGCUCCAGGGGGACAGGGAGGCAUGGAGGGGGCCCUGCCUGGGCUGGAUGGGGCAGGGAAUGGGCAAAGGGCAGCUGGCCUCUCCCUUUUCUCCAUGGGCUUUCACCUGUCCAUGCAUCUCCCCUCUGCUUCCCUGGACCCCAGACAAGUUAUAUCUGCCUUCCUGAAGCCAGGCUCCCCCAGGAACUUGGAUUUAUAAAUGAUGACUUUGUUUUACAGAUAUUUGGGCACAUGUCUAAUCUCCAGAUAGUGCUAAGAAUUCCUAGAGGGCGAAGAUUGGGUCUAUUUCAUCUCCAAAUCUUUGAAAAGGUCUUGCAAAAUGUGUAUAUUGGUUUCUUUGUUAAAUGAAUGAAUAAAAAUUGGAAAAUA